CUGCCUCCCAACCUGAACCAACAACUCAAUCCCCUGGUGUCACCGUCUUCUUGAUCAACACCAAAGCAGUGUACUAUCCACUUCCUCCUCAUCCACCUCUCUCCCGAACUGUUUAGCAGGCACUCCACUAGACUACUGUCAAGAAGCAGUCUCGCCAAACCAACCAGAGUCCUCUCAGCUGGUUGGGCUCAUCGAGUCUUCUCAAGAACUCCAGAGGCUGGGGGUUGGUUCCCUAUCCACUCUAUAAAGAACAUCCUCUAUAACCAAGAGCCUCAGCUGGAUAUAUCCAGCGACCACAUGUACCUCGUACGCGAAGCCGUAAGCCCAACGACCUCAUCCUAUAAUGACCAUCUUCGAGAUCAAACAGAUAUCUUGACAGCCAGUAGUAGUCAGCUCGAUGGAGAUGAUGAAUAAGAUGUAGCGAGACUCAGAGAAGCUGAUAACCAAAAUCGAUCAAACAAACCAUUUCGAUUAUGUGAAUCUCAUCCUCCAAAGACCGUUUAGAUCGAAAGGAGAGAUGGACCUCUCAAUCCAACCAGACUAUCGAGCAUACCAUCCACCUCAUCCAACUACCACCAACAAUCGGAAUAACAGCCAUAUCAACCUCAACAGUAAUACUGCUGCCAGGCUCAUCCUGCCCAAUCGACCUCGCUCAUCCUCCUCAGCCCCAACAUCAACAUCUUCAUCUUCAUCCUCCUCAACAGACUCCGACUCGGAUUCCCAUUCGACUCGGCACUCUCACCAUCAUCACCGUCACCGUCGCGCUCGUUCGCAUUCGAUCGCCGCAUCUUCGAUCUAUUCCAAGCCUCCGAGCUCCCCCCAGGACUCCUUCGACCAGCUCAUCUAUUCCGCCGAUCCCUUCGCCCAUCUCAGGCUAACCGAGUUCAACGCACAAUCGCUCAUCAGGCAUGGUUUUGAUGACCCAUCCGAAAACCCCGACUAUCUUGACUCAGUCUCAAAGUCCCACCAAUCAUAUUGGGAUCAAUCUCCCUACAAGAAUAUCACGCCCUCAGAUCUCGUUCAAAUCCCACAUUGGACUCAACCUCCCAAACAUCGUACCGCCUGUGCUGCCCUAUUCCUAUGUCUCCGCUUGGGCUUCGAUCCUCCUGAUAUCGUCAAGGCUUCCCCUGCUCCCACCUUAGAAGCUUGGACCGAUCCCAAGCAAUUACCAAAGGAAACCGUCCUUGAUACCAUCAGCAAGCGGCUUCAGCAGCAAUUCGAAUCCUUAGCCCCCACCCAUGCUCGCGUCAAGUUUAAAACUUAUGGGGAUGUCUACGCAGAAGAGUUCAAGAAAACCCUGCUUGGUCUUCGUAAAUAUUCAAGAUAUGAUCGCUGUCUUGUCUACUAUAACGGUCACGGUGUCCCCAAACCAACUCCCACCGGUGAAAUUUGGGUUUUCAAUAAAGCUUAUACUCAAUAUAUCCCCAUUCGACUAUUUGAUAUCCUCACCUGGGUCGGGAGUCCUGCCGUGUUCAUAUGGGAUUGUAAUAAUGCCGGCCAAAUCCUAAAUCACCUCUUGUUCGCUGCCAUUCAAAAGGACGAAGAAAACAUGGUACUUGGGCGCGAAGCAGCCAUGGCUCUUAGACAAGCCAUUUUGGCCACCUAUGCCAAUCUGAAUCCUACAGCAAGAUCUGCGGACCCCGCCCACCCUGUCCCCGCUUCAAAGCAGCCAGCUUCCCACCACUACCAACAAUACCUCAGCCUCCCCAUCUGUCUCAAAGAAGCCCUCGGCAAACCAGCUUCAGGAGCCUGGGGAUCCCUCAUCAACCAAAUGCCCGCAUUUCACAUCCGAAACUAUUCAGCUUGCUGCCUGUCAACCUGAUGAGAUGUUACCACGUGAUCCCAAAUUACCUGCGGAUGUGUUCACCUCUUGUUUGACCUCCCCGAUCGAAAUGGCCCUGAGGUUCUAUGUCCUUCGAAACAACUCGCAACGUUCUCAAUGGACUUCAACUGCAGAAUUCUUCCAAGAUCUUGGUAAACUUGAUAAAGUUCCAGGCCGGAUGGAGAUGCGUCGGACACCACUCGGUGAACUCACCUGGAUUUUCACCUCGAUCGCCGAUGCCAUCGCAUGGAAUCAUCUCGAUCGUCAAACUUUCACCAAAAUCUUUCGCGGUGAUCUGGUCUUGGCUGGUACCUUUCGAGGGUUCCUUUUGGCAGAAAGAGUCAUGAAAGCCUAUGGCUGUACACCCAUGUCAACUCCAAAGCUACCCGCAACCCACCACUCUGAAUUAUGGCACACUUGGGAUCUUGAAGUCGACAUGUGUCUAUCACAGUUACCUGGGAUUUGGAAAUCCGAGGAGGCACGAGCGGUCUAUGAGAAAAACAAACAAAAUUACCCCCCAAACUCGCUCCCCCCUCAGAUCGUCCCUUACAUGCCAUCGACAUUCUUUUCACAACAACUUACUGCAUUCGAAGUUUGGCUCAAAUUUGUCGUAGCUGAAAAUCAGGAUGAGAGCGGUGAAAAAGACGAGGAUCUGAUGAAGAGACGAGAAUCCCUCCAGUGGAGCUGCAACAACUGGUCUGAUGUGAAUAUUAACCAAGUCGAGAUCACCGAUUUUUCUUGUUCAAAUCCAAACUCACAGACUAGUCCCAAGGAUAAACGCGCCUCAGUCAAAGUGAAUGGGAAAACUCCUCAUUUGGCUGGCAAGUCGUCUGGGUCACAUGCUUCCCCUGCUUCAGGUGCCCCCAAAGCCGUCAAGAUUCCUGAGCAACAACCAGCUGAAAGACCAAUUCGAUACAAAUUGCCGACUCACAUCAAGCAUUUCCCACUCAACUCGCGCAAAGGAGAUGACAUCUACCCACCCUCUCCACCUCAGCUGCCGAUCGUACUACAAGUCCUUCUAUCCCCCGUUCAUCGAUUGCGAGCACUAAUCUUACUUUGCCGACUUAUGGACCUUGGUCCCUGGGCCGUUCACCUUUCCCUAUCGAUUGGUAUAUUCCAGUAUGUCUUGAAGCUUCUUCAAGCUCCAGCUGCCGACUUGAAACCGGUCUUGAUUUUUAUUUGGGCGAGGAUCUUGACUGUUUAUCCAGAGGGAAGGCAAGACUUGAUGAGAGUUGCUUCGCGACCCCAUGCUCGUCCAGAAGGGCCCAUUGAGUAUUUCAUCAAGAUCAUGGCCCCCAACAGCAUGGAACUACCUAUCGUCAACGUCGUUGACCAUAAGGCGAUGUGUGCUUUCAUUCUCUCUAUUACCUGCCAGAAUUCACGGGGCAAUUCACUUGCCUUGAUGCAAUUCGGCGUUUUGGAUAUCAUCAUAUACCGAAUCAAGGAACUUGUACCAUGGCAGAGACAGUGGUAUUUGAUUCUUCUAGCGCACAUGUGGGAGGAAUCGGACCUCGUUAAAGGACGUGCGAUCAAGAUGGGAAUCAACACUUUACUGAGUGACUUGUUGACCGACAAAGUACCCGAGGUUAGGACGGCUGCUCUCUAUGCGUUUGGCACUCUGAUCGGGGUCUCGACGAAUCCAAAACAACUUGUGAUUGAAGACCAGUUUCCCAUCAUACCAGGCCAGACUGAGGAAAGACAACCCGAAUCGAGCUCUAGUCGACCUCAGAAUAAAUCAAAUCCGUCGGUUUACCAGACCAACAAGUUGAGCAGUUUGAGCUCCAGUAAUCCGGAUCUCACUGUGUUGGGAUAUCAAGAGCAGGUUUCCAUCGAAGUGGGUAGCGCGAUGGCUUGUUGUCACUGUUCAACCGAUGGAUCUCCCAUGUUCCGUCAAGAGUUGGUCGUUGUACUCAGCGCAUUAGUUGAUCAGCAUCUCGGACACUUUAUCGUUGCUGCUUUUGAGUUUAUCAAGCAGCAGGAACAAGAAAAGUCAAUGAAGAUCAAUAAGCUCAUUCAAAAAUAUCAAGCCGAUCGCCAACAAAAAUCAUCAAGCAAACAAACUGCACUUGGAGCUGAUGAAAGUCACAUGAUGACUGAUCGGACUGCGAAGCUCGAAAAGUUGAUCAACAAGUUGAAAGCUGAUGAGGAAGUUCACCCCAAGGAAUCUUUACGCGCGUAUUUGUGGAUGGAGUAUACUAGUAUCUACAUCGUCUUACUCGAUUUGAGUUUGGAUCCCUCUGAGCAGGUUGCACGCCCAGCCAAGGUAGUAGUUGAUUAUAUUCAUUCUAGAUUACUAGACAGCGUAUUAGGAAAAUUAUUAGAAUUGGGUGACUUGAGCUACGGAGAAGCCCCCGGGGGCGGGGUGGAUGGUACUGGGCAAUUGUCAGAAACGCCGCUGGGAAGGCUUGGCAAUCAUAGCCAUUCCAAUCUCAUUGCGUCCUCAUUUGCUUCAACGAGUUCUAACCCGACCGGCCGAGAACCGAAAAGUAGUAAUCAGAGCCUUGUCAAUCGGUCUUCUACUUCUGUGUUUCAUUCCCUGAGUACAGUCAACAAUCUCGUGCCGAAUUUUGUCAAGUCAUCUGGUUGGAAAACUCCAUUCAAUUCCCUCAGUCGAUCCCCUGAGCAGGCCGUAUUCAAUUCAAACGAUCCAGUUGCUUCGACAUUAACUCAAUCGCCACAGGAUCUCAACAAAUCCGCCAGUGGCUUACGAAAGUCAGCGUCGGUAAACCCAAUCAUCAACGUCGAACUCGAUAGUCCCCAGUCAAGCCAGCCAUCAAAGAUGCCGCUGAACCACAAUGGAUUCUCCCAUGCCUCAUCUACUUCUUCGUCUCAAACCCAGUGUAGCACGGAAGAUGAUCGACAUCUUCAGGGCCUCUCGACUAACCAGUCGAUCGAAUCCAUCAUUGCUCACACGCGUGCCUCUGAUCAUACCCGUCGACAACGCAAUCGUUCUUACCCCCUCCAACCCGCAUUCCCCUCGGCCGCAAGUCCGAGCUAUCAACCCGGCAAAAUGAACGCUAGCACUUCCACUACUUCACCCGUAGCCAAUCCUUCCCACCAGGAAGAUGGCGAGGAAGAGAAUUAUCUCUACUAUCUGGGAUUACACAACCUCGAGAAACUGAAAGCUGAAUUGAAUAGUCGACCAGAACCAAGCGAGCGACAAACGAUGCUGCCAUUGAUGUCAGAUUAUUAUCGAUUGAGUUCGCACAUCUUCUUGAAACCCAAGAUGACGAGCUCCGGAGGAGAAUCGGAAUCGGAAUCUUCGGACUCUGAUAAUAAUGAUGACCAUGAUAAUGAUCAACCCCAAGUCUUUAACGAGAAGGCCGAGUACACCGAGCAGCGACCACCCACUCACCAGUCUCAUCAUCCCAGAGCCCCCAACCAUCAGAACACUGUGGUCGACGAUGCCGCCCUCUCUCACAUCAGUCAUCCCCAUCACUUUCAUCCUCCCCAUCAUCAUCAUAUCGACGCUGGUAGCCUCGAAAAUAUCAAAGACUCUUGGAGAAAACAACGCAACCUCAGAGUCAUCCUCGAUGGGCCUACUUUAAAAUCCAAUCCUGGUCCAAACAAUUGGGAUCACUUGGUUUGCUCCUUCAAUCAUUCGAAACCGAUCAAUAAUCUUUUGAUGCAUCAAUUCGAAGAUCAAUUGAUUACUUCAGAUUCCAGUGGCUAUAUCACGGUUUAUGAUUGGCGUUCAAAAUCGAUUCUCAAUCGAUUUCAACCCUCUGAUGAUCCGCUUGAUCGAAUAACUAGUAUGCAAUUGAUCAAUCAGGAAAAUGUGGCGUUAUUACUGGCUAGUACUCCUGAUGGAAAUGUGAGAAUAUUUCGAGAUUACGAGCGGCCUGGGAAGUUGGCAAUGGUGACGGCAUUCAAAGGAUUACCAAACAAUGAACCGAGCAGUCUCGGAGAAUCGGGGAGUGUAACUGAUUGGCAACAAAGCACGGGCUUGCUGCUAGUCGGUGGGAAUUCGCGGGACAUCAAGGUGUGGAAUUCUCGGCGAGAGAGGUGUGUGGAGGAUAUCAAGACGCGGUCGAACAGUUGCUUGACGAGUCUGAGUUCGGACCAUCAUUCGGGCUGGAUGAUUGCGGCCGGCUUCGGCGACGGCUCAGUGAGGAUGUUCGAUCGACGCAAGCCGCCGAAAAACUCGAUGGUCAAGGUCUUCAGAUCCGUCCACUCUUCUUGGUGCUCUAAAAUCAAGCUCCAGGCCGGCCAUCGUAGAGAACUCUUCUCUGCCGACUCCACCGGCUUAAUCGCUCAGUGGGACUUGCGCUUCGAUUCCCCACUCAGAACCUUCCUGGCUCAUGAGGAAGGCAUGCCCGCCUUUGAUCUACAUGACCAUGCCCCCAUUUUAGCUAGUGGCUCGAUGAAUGGAAGUGUUAAGAUCUGGAAUUUGGACAAUGGUAAUGAUGAAAAUGAUGAAGAGUUCACAGUAGAACGGGCGCCCCGAGUGCUUUUCAAUCUCCGAAACUUGUACGAAUCGACGGAUGCUCAAGAUCCACAGGGGUCGAACACCCUCUCGGGAUUCCCGAGCACUUCGAUCACGUCCCCCUUGAUGGGCGACUAUGGGCAUAGACUCAGGGGCAUCGGAAUUGGGAACCCGCUUCGUGAUGCGUUGUCUAGUCUUCAGCCGAUCACCGGGCUCUGCUUUCAUCCACAUCGGGCUAUGAUCUCGAUCACCGAUGGAAACGGGAAACUUAACAUCUAUUCCACCGAUAUCAAAUUGUAACUUUACAACUUUUUUUUUAAAAAAAAGCUCUCUUUAAUAUCUGCCCCUUUUUUUCCAAAAAAAAAAAAAAUAGUAGUAGGCUUGCUUCUUUUUAUCGUUUCUCACCUCUUUUUUGUUGAAUCUUGAGUCGUUAUGAAGUGUACGUUUGAUGUUUUUACAUCACUUAAUAUAAUAUGAAUAUGAAUAUAUAUAACAUGCUGAUAUGUGUCGCAACCAACUAUUAAACCUGUUUUUUUUUUUUUUUCAAAUGAUCUUUUGCAUCUUGUUGGUCGUUCCUUUUAGUCGUGUCUUCUCCUCUUUGAAAAAAAAAUAAAAUAAAACAUGUUUUUAUCAUUGUUAUAACUUACAUACCAACUCACAAAUAUAAUAUGAUUUAUU